ACCCAGGAUUCUAGUUCUACACCAUCUGAGCCAAACUCAAAGAUGUCUUCCACAUACUUGCUAGUGUUGUUGCUUGGAGUGGUGGUUCUCACCACUUCUUCACUCGCUGAUUACCCCAAGCGCCCCCCAGUUGAGAGGCCACCGAUUGAGCACAAACCACCAACACCAAUUGGUAAACCUCCCGGUGGAGUGAAACCACCCCCAAAACACAAGCCACCCCCAGGACACGGGCCACCAACGUCAGUUGGCAAACCUCCCGAAGAAGAGGAGCCACUCUCAGGACACAAGCCACCAAUCCCAGUUGGCAAACCACCUAAGGGUCAUAAGCCUGGCCAUCCUCCUGUAGAGAAUGCUGAAGAAGACUCACACAAGAUGCCUCCAAAGAUGAUGCCUCCAAAGAUAAAGCCUCCUCCAAAGAAGAAGCCACCACACAAACCUCCAACUCCAGGCUACCCCAACUGAGUGACUUCGAUCAAUAAGAGUCGUAUGUAGGAAUAAGAUCCUAUCUCUGGUGACUGGUACGUGUACAGUACUGUUCUGUGUAUAAAUCAGUCACUGCUAUUAUCAAGAAAUGUUGAUGCGACUGUCACUCCUUGUAGUAUCUAGUACUUGCUUGUGAUGCGUAUUGAAAACAAGGUUUAAUGUAUUCAUACAGCGAAUAUCGAGUGCUAUAAA